AUGUUUGCCCAAGAAAAGCCUCGAAAGCUUUGUUGUGUCCACCUGGUCACCGGCUUCUACUCUGUUUCCCCGGUUGUCAUGACUACAUUACUCUCCCGCCUACGUCCCGCCAAUCGGGCAGCAAAGGCGGCCGCUGAAAAGGGGAAGAAAAAGAUUCCGGAGCUCGAUGAAUUCCUUGCCACACGAGACUACCAAGGUGCGAUCGCGCUGCUCGAAUUCCGCGUCUACGAAUGGAUGCUAUCCCAAGAAAAUUGCCCCCGUGAAGUGCACGUCUACAUCGGAUGCUGCCUAUUUUUCAUGGGACUUUAUGCAGAAGCGCGUGACGCCGCUGAAAAAGCUGAAAAGAGCGAACUCCAGAAUCGGCUUCUCUUCUAUGUGGCCCACAAAUUGAUGGAUGAACGACGUCUUUUGCAACACCAUUCCCAGCUGAAAGAUUCGAUCGAAGAUCAGCUUUGCCUCGCCUCGCUCCACUUUCUACGCACGCACUAUCAGCAGGCUGCUGACAUCUACAAGAAGCUGCUCGGCAUGCAUAAAAACUUCAUUGCGCUGAACGUCUACUUGGCCAUAUGUUAUUACAAGCUUGACUAUUACGACGUGUCGAUGGAAGUCCUACAGGUCUACCUGAAUCAAUACCCCGAUAGCGCUGCCGGCAUCAACCUAAAGGCCUGCUGCCUCUACAAACUUUUCUCCGGGCCGACAGCUGAUUCGGAACUUGAGCAUAUCCGCGAUUAUUCGCUCUAUCCAUUCGCUCGAGAUAUGAUCGCCCACAAUCGGGUCGUCUUCAAAAAUGGCGAUGGCGCGCUACAGAUCCUGCCCCCACUUCUCGACAUUGUGCCGGAAGCACGCGUCAAUCUUGUGCUCUACUAUUUAAGACGAGACGAAAUCGAUCAGGCGCUGAGACUGGUGAAUGAUCUCGAGCCGUCACAUUCUCCAGAAUUUAUCGUGAAGGCUAUGACGUUCACGCUGCAUGGACAGGCGAAGAAAUCGGAGGAACACCUCAAAACGGCCGAGCUUUUCUACAAGAUGGUUGGCGAGUCACCGGCGGAUUGUGAUACAAUCCCCGGACGACAGGCAAUGGCGGCCUGCUUUUUCCUGCAAAAGCAAUGGGAUGAAGUGAUCGUGUAUCUGAACUCGAUCAAGCAAUAUUUCCUCUCGGACGACGCCUUUUUCCUAAACUACGCCCAGGCUUUGCUGAUGAUGGGAAACUACGUUGAAGCGGAAUCGAUGCUCAACCAAGUACAGGGGGAGGAAAAGCGGCAGCCUUUAUUCUCGCAGCUCCUUACCGCUUGUUUGGUGAAAAACAAGAAGCCACAGCUCGCCUGGGAUUUGUUGAAGAGGACAAAAGCACCCGAGCAGCAGGCUUUGCUCAAAAUCAUCGCUAAUGGGUGCUAUAAGAUGGGCUACUUCUUCUACUCGUUCCUCGCCUUUGACCAGCUCGAACGGCUCGACCCGACUCCUGAGAAUUGGCAGGGCAAAAAGGGCGCCACCGCCGGGCUUUUCAAGCAGUUGGCGCACGAUCAUGCCACUAGAGAGCAAAUGUCGGAGGCGCUAUCCCUCCUCGCCCAAAGCCGUCAACCCCAAGCCGAGCAGAUCGUCGGCGUUAUUCGGGGCUGGGCGCGCGAGAAUGGACUCCAUUUG